UGACACAAGAAAUUUGUAGUUUAUUGGAAAAAGACUUUUUUUAUACCAAUAUGUUUUAUAAAACAAUGGUAUAUUGUUGUAAAACAGGCAAAGGGGUAAUAAACGUUAGAAUGAGCGUGUUGGCCAGGAGGAGUGCAUCUCUCUCAUCAACGAAUCAAAAAGUCAGUGGAGGGGCGGCGAAGCUGGCUCGCGAGUCUCCGCGCGGCCCAAAGGGUACAGAAGCAGUGGACCCGCCGUCGCUGCGCAACAGGUGCUCGCUCGCCGCAGCCAAAGUAUAAAUUUCGCUUGUUUUCGGUCGGCGAGCCGCGAGUUGGAUUCAGGGCCCGGAUUCGGGCAAAUGGAUGCGGGAUCUUGCUGCGUUUUGGUGCGCCCCAAGCCGCCACCCCCGACGUCACAGUGCGCCCUCGGCGACCAGAUCGUGCCCAACCCUCUGCACACCAACCCCUUCUGGUACAACUCGUCCUCCACCCCCGUAGCCAACCUGGAUUCCUACGUGCACAUGCAGAACUCCGAGGUGGACUCAAUGCUGUACCGCCAGCAGACCGGAACCCCCACCGGCGUCCACCAGCUGAACAACAACAGCUCCACGGACCACUUCGAGCCGCCCCGGAAGCGGCCGAAACCCGACCCGGACAGCUACAUGCUGGGCUCGGACGACGACCUGUUGAAGCCGAGACGAGAGAGUGCGUCGCAGAUCGACGAGUUCUUUGUCGAGUCUACCGGUCGGUUUGGCAUGCGCGGCCCCAACAGCAGCGUCGUCGAGGACGACGUCUUCCUCAAGCCCCUGUGGGACGAAAUCACCAGCCUGCCCAAGUGGGAGGAACCUGCCGACCUCCUUCCCCCCCACCAGCCGCAGAUGACCUUGGAAGGAACGACGGUCAAGCUCGAGGUGACCACAAGUGACCUGCUGCCGAUGCAGGUCAAGCAGGAGAAGCAGUUGCUGCCCCCACCCAUGCCCAACAACAAUUACCCCCACUACUCGUCGUCCUUCCCCUCCAGGGUCAACAACCUCGGCUACAAGAUGGCCGCCAGCCGCUCCCUCAACUACCAGGUUCCGCCGACCCCGCCGGCCAGCGAGCCGGGAUCGUCGCCCGGCGGCACUGGCAACAACCUCAUCCUGAUGGCAACACCCUCCCGGCGCACCCCGCCGCCCCCCUACCACCCCACCACUAGUCUGAUGCUGACCGAGCCGGGCCAGGGGUCGCCACUGUCACCGCAGCAACAACUCGCCGUUGUCCCCCAACUGGCGCAGCUCGAAAACGCGCCGACGCAAAACACCAACAGCAACAACAACAACAACCCCUCGACGGUUCACCACCACCAACAGCAACAACAACAACAACAACAGGCGUCCCUCCAACAGCAAACCAACGCUUUGUCGGCGCAGGUCAAGUACAAUCGCAGGAACAACCCUGAGUUGGAAAAACGACGAAUUCAUCAUUGUGAUUUCCCAGGCUGCACCAAGGUCUACACCAAAAGCUCUCACCUGAAGGCUCACCAGCGAAUCCACACAGGCGAGAAGCCGUACCGGUGCCACUGGGCAGAGUGCGAGUGGCGGUUCGCGCGUUCGGAUGAGCUGACGCGGCACUACCGCAAGCACACGGGCGACAAACCCUUCAAGUGCGUCGUGUGCGAACGGUCGUUCGCCAGGUCGGACCACUUGGCGCUGCACAUGAAGCGACACCAGCCCAAGGCGCCCAAAACACAGCAGUGAAACUUCGUUGAAAGUUAUCUAAUAAUUAUGAACGCCCAAAUUAUUGUAAUCUUAAGUUGUAAAAAUCUUGCUCACCAGCGCAGUGCCCGCAAAUCGAUGCAUUUACCCUUUCAGCUCUAAGAAACAC